AUGCUCAGAGAAACAAGCUACAACGUAAACGAGUUGAAUCAAUAUGUGUUAGCGAAUGAACCGUUACUGGUGAUAGGCCAGAGAGCUGCUUACAAUGCCAUAUUAGACCGAAUCAAUAGGAAAGCUGGUGGAAUAAUUUUUCUUGAUGCACCCGGUGGAACAGGAAAGACAUUUGUCAUUAACUUACUUCUGGCUAAAAUUCGACAGCAAUCAAAAAUUGCAAUUGCAGUGGCGUCUUCGGGGAUUGCUGCUACGUUGCUUCACGGUGGUCGUACUGCUCAUUCAACACUAAAACUGCCUCUCAACCUUACACAUUGUGAAGCUCCUCUCUGCAACAUCAGCAAAGGAACUGGGGAAGCCAAGGUUCUACAAGAGUGUGAACUUAUUGUGUGGGACGAGUGCACAAUGUCACACAGACAAGCAUUAGAGGCCUUGGAUCGUACUCUUCAAGAUCUCCGUGGCAAUAGGAAACAUAUGGGUGGAGUUGUUGUACUCCUUGCGGGUGAUUUUCGUCAAACGCUGCCUGUUAUUCCAAAGGGAACAAUGGCUGAUGAGAUUAAAGCGUGUUUAAAAUCGUCACCCCUAUAG